AUGGGCUCAAUCGGAACUCACGAAAAACUCUCUGGCUUCAACCUGAUCCAGAGACACUAUAAACAGAUCAGAGACCACGCUAUCCGUGCCGACUUUAUCAUCCCCAAGUCUACAUUCACCGGCAAACGCCCAGUAAUCGUCCGCUUCCAUGGAGGAGGCCUGAUAACUGGCGACUCCCUCCUAAUGGAAUGGUUCCCGACCUGGCUGCUCCAGCUCGCCAAAAAGCACAACGCCGUCAUCGUAAGCCCAAACUACCGACUCCUCCCCGAAUCAACAAGCCCGGAGAUCUUCUCCGACAUUGAAGAUUUCUGGACCUGGCUGCAUUCGUCUGCCGUCGCGGAGCUGCUCGCAACAUGUUCCACGCCUACCCAGCUCGAUUUGGAUCGGAUCUUAACGGCUGGAGACUCCGCAGGCGGAUUACUGAGUAUCUGCGUUGGAUUGGCACACGCAGACGAGAUCCGCGCCACGACAGCUACGUAUCCCUGCAUCGACAUGGCGUCAGAGUACUUCCGCACUCCUACGAGCUCUGAGCCCUUACCGGAUGUGCCUGCGUCCACGGUGGACGAUUACCUAGCUCAAAUGGACAGAAGUGCAAUUCGCUCGUCAGCCCUCCUACCGGAUCGGUUUGAUCUGAUGGUAGCGGCUAUAUACUACGGUGGUCUGGGACAGUUCUAUGAAUAUGGGGCGGAAGACUCGCCGCGGGAACCGCGGUAUCCGCUUGAGUGGCUUGAUCGGCCUGGUGUGAAGAUCCCGCGGGGAGGUAUUGCGAUUUUGCAUGGGUUGCAGGAUGCGCUUGUGCCGGUGCAGCAGAGUGAGAAGUUUGUUGCGAAGGCGCGGGGGGUCAUGAAGGGGAAGCCUGGUGGUGAUAGGAUUGUUUUGACGCUGCGAGAGGGAGACCAAGAGUGGAGUAUUUUUGAUAUCGUGAAUGUACGAGGCCGUGGCAUUUUUGACAUCACAGAAGACGAUCGGAUUGACGAGUACACCUCGGAGCCGCCCCUGCGAGAAGACGACGUGACCCACCUGCUAUACACGCCGCUGCCUACCGAUUUGCCGACGAUGAACAAGGACCUUCUUAUCCUCAUGGCAGCAUAUUACGGUAAUAUUGAAUGGUAUGCCCGCCUGCGUCGGCCUAACACUUGGAUAGUAGGCGAGCUAAGUUGUGUCGUGCGCGGCAUCUACCACAAUACCAUGUUCGCCAAAUGGUGGACCCUUCAACCUGGAAGAGAGCCAUAUCAGAUUGAGCAAGCGAUCAAUGCGCGCUUCAUCAUGAACAAUGACCUUUCUCGCAUCACUCCAGAAACCAGAUGCCUCCCAUACUGCAUCUGGUACCCUUCCUUUCCCCAUGUCACGACUUGCAAAGAGCUCGUGCGGCGCGUGCCGUCCAUGAAACCGGCUGUGGCAAGAGUCUGCAUUCUGCAAGAUUACAGCGAAUACUGGGACGAGCUUGAUGCCGAUCCAGAUUCGAACCUGAUGGUUGACGCUCGCCAAAGUUCGAAUCCAAAGUACCUCCGCGAUCUCGAAGCAAGGAUUCCAGAACGCGGGUGCCGCGAUCUCACAAACAGGCAGCACUACUGCAUUCGGCCUCGGGCAGCUCUGUUCGAAUACACAACGACUUUCCUCUAUCACAAUGUCUGGGACAAUCCGGAUGUGUACUGCGAAGCUGGCGUACCUUACAAUGGGAGAUUUGCCUGCAUGGCGCAUAUCGAGCUGAGCGUCUGUGUGUCAGAUGAACUGAAGAAGAUAGCUCUUGAGGAUAUAAGGGAAACCGGAGGGCCUUUCUGCCUGGAGGAGUAUUACGACUCUUUGGGGGAGAAUAGACAUUCUACUGGAUCCAACGAGUCCUAG